AAUAAAAUCAACAGAAAUUAUCGUAAUAAUUUUAGUCUGAAACAAUAUUCUUCAAGUUACGGAUUGUGCAAGUGCACUGCCAAAUUUAUUUUUUUUAAAUUUUAAAUAUAUUUUGGGAUUUUCAAAACCGAACAAAAAACACAUAAUACAAAAUGGGUCACACUUGGGUGCCAACAAAUGUUUACUCGGGCGUUCCUCCGAUGGCCGUUCAAGCCGGACACGACAGUGAUGGUGACGCGAUAUUUGUAGGUCGUGCCUAUCACAAUGGUGAUCUUUUGCCAGCCAAGUUUGUGCCAAACAAAACUCAAGCCUAUGUCGCUUGGGGUGGGGAAGAAAUCAAUAAGCACGAUAUUGAGGUCCUUACCGGAACCCACUACGUUUGGCUGCCAUCAUCAUCGGGAUCAGUGCCUCCACACUCUGUGACCGUUGGACCUACGACCGAUGGGGAGCCACUAUACAUUGGACGUGGACACUGGGAGGGCAGUCUCACCCCCGGUAAGGUACAUCCUUCGCACGGCUGCCUCUACAUCCCGUACGGAGGACGAGAGCACAGACUGGAUUGCUAUGAGGUUUUGGUGCAACCAGAAACAUGGGUAUCAGCUUCGGGAAGUUAUGUCGUCCCAGGAACAGUUCAUGCCGGUCAAGAUGCUGACGGUGAUGCCAUCUAUGUGGGACGUGCCUACCACGAGGGUGAUUUGUUGCCCGCCAAAGUGGUGCCCGGCAAAGGAUGCGCUUAUGUUGCGUGGGGCGGUCAGGAACAUGUCAAGUAUGACUUUGAGCUGUUGACUGGCUAUGGCUAUGGAUGGAUGCACGGGUCGGGAGGAAGUGUUGCACCAGGAGCUGUCAUUUGUGGACGUACCUCAGAGGGUGAGCCCUUGUACAUUGGACGUGGUCAUCAUUGUGGAAGUCUGACACCUGGCAAAAUCCAACCAUCUCACCAUUGUUUGUAUAUUCCCUUCGGUGGACAGGAAGUUAGACUUCAUGACUAUGAAGUCUUGGUCAGGUCUUAGAGUAUAUAUAUGUCCAGGUCCGGAUGAAGUCAUGAGGAGAUAUUAAAGAAUAAAUAUGAUAAUAAAUUGUUUUGUAAAAUUUAAAUAUAAUUUUUGUGUAAAUAUUUAAGAAAUAUUUUGAUGUUUGUUUUUAAUUAAAAGUAUUAUAGUUUUCAUUAAAUUAAAAUAA